ACUAGGUGUACCCUGCAAGGUCUGACACGGUGGAAAAGAGAAGUCAGAAUGAAGGCAUUACUUCUGUGCCUUUUUUGUUUUAAUCAAUUCGAUUAUAUACAAAUGUCGCAUUUUAGAGGUGGAAUAAUAAUGUGGGAACCAACAGAAAGCCGGAAUGAGGUCCGUAUCACUUUUAGAGUAUCAUGGCGUCGUGAUUUCAGUUCGAAAACUCAAUGUGAUGCAAGUACUAAAGACAUCCAUAAUCUUAUUGGAUCUGGUACAGGAAACAUGAAAUGUCUAGGUGGCUGUGGGUCUACAGAAUAUAUAGGUACUAUGCAGUUCUACUGUACUGAUUUCAGUGAAGACGAAAAUUGGACGUCUGGAGAAAAUACGCUUACAUAUACUUUUCCGGAAUCUAGUGAUCAAUGGUAUCAAUUUGGCUUUGAAGGUAAUGCAUGGAUAGGCGCAAUAAUUGAUAGACAAGGAGGGACAUGGAUACUACGAACAACUGCCAGUUUAGUCAAAAGAAAUGAUACAGGAAAGAUUAAUUCGUCUCCAAAAUCAGUAAUGCAACCUAUUGUAAGAUUGCAGCUUGGGUGCAAUCACACAAUUGCAAUUCCAGUCAGUGAUCCUGACAAUGACGACAUCAGAUGCAGAUGGGCAAUUUCAAAUCAAAACGAAUGCGGAGGCAUUUGCUACUCUUUCAGCAGAGCAGAAAUGCACGAGAGAGAAUGUACUGUAUCAUAUUCAGCGACACAAGUUGGUUGGUACGGUGUUGCGGUACAAAUAGAAGAUUUCAACUCUACCGGAUCUAUGGAGGCACUCAGUAGUGUACCAUUACAAUUUUUAGUCGUAGUCUUUAGCUCAAAUACAACAUGUUUCAGUAAGCCAACUUUUGUUGAGCCAACACGUGUGGACGGAUCUUGUAUUGGUAUACCCUUUAACACUACAUAUUUUGAACCAAUCAUUAGUAAUAGUGGGAGCCAAAGUGUCAGUAUCCGAGAAAUUCAAACUGCUUCACCACAAGGAAUGGUGAAAUCUGAAUUAGACGUGUAUGCCAAUAGGGCAUGGUAUGUCAAUAUAUCAUGGACCCCAGAUACUGGACAGGCUGGACCUCACAUAUUUUGUUAUACAGCUUUAGAUAGCAACGGGGCGAAUUCUGAAUCGAUUUGUAUCAGACUGCUUGUCGGAGUGUCUCCACCAGAAAUAGUUGAAGUACAACCUGUUGGUGAUUUAUUUCCAAACCAUAGCAGAUGGACCAUCAAAUUUGAUAAACAGAAACUGGGUAUAUCUGUGACUGGGAAAUGUGUUGGCCUGGAACCACACACACACGAUAAACAGUACGACAAGUCUGCACGGACUCUGACUCUGGGACUAGCUCUUGUAACAAAAGACGACUCUGGUUAG